AUGGGUAGAGGAAAUGGUAUAGGUAGGGUGUUUGGUUGGGGUAAGGGUGAGGUAAGCUGGAGUGGUAGGGGUGGGGUUAUUGUAAAGGAAAGGGUUGGGAUAGGUAUAGGGUAUGGGUUAGGGUGGGGGUUUUGGCAGGGUAGUGGUACGAGUGGGGGUGGUGAUAAUGGUUGGGGUAGGGGUAAGGGUGGGGAUAAGGGUGUGGUAAGGUGGAGGUAUGGGGGGGUCGAUGUAAGGGUUAGGGUGAGGAUGGGGCAAGGUGGGGGUAGGGUUAGGGUGGGGGUAGGGGUAGGGGUAGGGGUAGGGAUAGGUAGAGGUAGGGGUAAGGGUAAGGGUUGGGGUAAGAGUAGGGGUAUGGGUGGGGGUGGGGGUAUGGAUAACGGUGCGGUAGGGCUAGGGGAUAUGGUAGGGGUAAAGGUAGGGGUAGGGGUGGGGUAUAGGGUAGAGGUAGGGGUUAUGGUAGAUAUGGGGUAG